AUGGCUAGCAAUGGGGCCCAGUCGUUUCCACUGCCAUAUGAAGAAAUAGAGCGCCUGGUCAAAUCCUUAUACGAGCCUGGCCAGGCCAAAAAAAUCUCAGAGACCGAAGCCACUCUACGCGUGCUCCAGCGCUCGCCUCAGGGAUGGGAGAUUGCAAAUGCUCUCCUCAGGAGCGACGACGAGCAGGUUCGCUUCUUUGGCGCUCUGACCCUGACGGUUAAGCUCAACGCUGACUCAGCCGAGCUGAGCGAAGAAGAAUCGGAGCAACUACUAUCAACACUCAUUCAUCACCUUGUUUCCCGACCUACCUCAUCCAUUGCAACCCGAAAAAUUAGCUCAACCUUGGCUCAGUACUUCACCAAACCCAUUUCAGUAUGGACUCAGUGUGUGAGGAGUUUGGCUGCCUCUUUUGCCGUUCAGCAACCAAUCUUGGAUGCCACCCUGAGCGAGCACCCUUCCACAUGGGAUCUAUUGCCACAAUUCUCCGAUGAUCAGCUUCUGGUCAUGCUCGAUUUUGUAAUGAGCUUAGCAGACGAAGCCAAGAAACCCUCAAAUGUCCCAGACCGGAAACCUCACGAGCGCAUGGCGGCAAAUGUCGAGAGUGUAGAGAUCCUCCUUCAUGUGUCGUUUGGUCGUGGCAUCAAAUGGCUAUCGGUAGCUAUCGAUGACCCGAACUAUGCUCAGUCCGUGCAGCAGGGAGAGAAGAUAUGUAUAGCCGCCCUCAAGUGUUUCACAGGGUGGAUCUUUUAUGCUCAAUCAGAGUUCAAAGAUAUGCCAGAGAAGCUACAACGUCUUCGUUCCGUCAACGAGCUCGCUCUAACAUGCCUCGAAUACCAUGUUGAGGAUGCAAUGGAACUUGUCGCGGAGAUUCUUGAGAACUACCCUACGUUCUUCGAGAAAAAGCAUCAAGAAAUGCUAUGGGCGGCCAUUUACGGUCCUUGGGGUCUGGAAAUACUGAAAAACUCCGAUGCCGAAACCGUCUCACUUGCAAGGAUCAUUGUGGCUUACGGACAAAUUCUGCUUGAGUCCAAGGUCAUCUACACCCAGCCGGACAAUGCGCACUAUCAACAAGUCAUGUCAUUUCUGCAUGACCUCCUCAAAUAUCCGGAGCCAGUAGGCGCAGAGGACGAGGUUGCUCCUGUGGUGCUUGACUUCUGGAGUAGCUAUGUCAGCGCCAUGUCCGAAGAAACAUUCCUAUAUCCCUCAGGGGAGCAGGUACCAGCAUGGAUGGAUGCGGCCAAGGCCAAUGUUCUUCAAGCCAUAUCCGAGCUUGUCCAAAAGAUCAUCUACCCGCCAGCUGACGUUACUGAUUCUUGGGAUUCUGAUGCCAGGAAGACAUUCAAGGUAUUCCGUAUUGAUGUUCGCGACAUCAUUAUGGAUGCCUAUGAACCCUUGCGAGAUGUUCUGACUGAUCAAUUCGUUGACUUCGCACUACAUGGUUUGAGCGCAGGCAAGUGGCUUCAUCUUGAGACGGGGUUAUUCGGGCUCAUCGCCAUUGCUGAUGCAUUGACCCAAAGCUCGGAUGACCGUAUGCUCAGACUGUUCGAGCAACCAUUAUUCUCAACAAUAUCGAGCAACCCCGAUGUACCUGCGAUAACACGGCGGACGGCUGUUGAACUUGUUGCGGCUUUGAACCACUUUUUCCUCCGGAACCCGCAAUUCCUUCCCCAAGUUCUCCCCUUUCUCCUUACGGCUCUGGCUCAACCAGCAAUCGCACAUGGUGCUGCAAAGUCCUUUGCCUCGCUCUGUUCCGAGUGCCGCAAGUCUCUGACAGGGGAGUUGGCAUCUUUCUUCCAAAUGUACGAACAGUUCAUUACCUAUGCAACAGCUGAAGAAUUCACCAAGAGCAUGGUUCUGAAAGGUAUUGCCGCCAUAGUUCAAGCCCAGGACUCAGAUGAGAAGCAGCUAGAAGGCGUACGGCAGCUCUUUCAGUACAUCACGCGCGAUGCCAUGCAAGCGAUCAACAUUACCAAAGAGGGAGGAGACAUGGAGCAGGGCCAAAUUCUCGCUUUGACAACGUUAAAGUGCUUGGCAAGUAUAGGAAAAGCUAUGCAAGCCUCAGACGAGGAAGUGAUAGAUCUCGAAUCUGACAAGAAGCCUUCUACAUUCUGGUUGCAAGGGCCAGGCAAGGAAAUCCAAAACCAAAUCAUUAAUCUCGUCAACUACAUGACCCAGGUGUUCUCCGGUAAUGACGAGAUCGUCGAGGCUGCGUGUAGUGUUCUGCGUACUGGGUUCAAGGAGACAGUGUCAGGACCCUUUGUUCUACCACUAUCUGCGGCGAUUGACUUCAUCACCAAGACGACCUUGCAGACUCCAAGACUUCCGUUUGUGCUGGAAACAGCGUGUUGUUGGAUCUCGUCACACAAGCACGAACAGCCCGAAGGCUUCCAAGAGCAAGCCCAGCGUUUACUUCAGCACAACCUGAGCAUCAUGCAAGCUCUGCAACACCCAAGAAAUGACCCUGAGAUUGCGGUUGGCUGUAUUGAGCUUAUCCAAAACUUCAUCAACGCUGACCCUGGUAUCCUGAAGCAAGCGUCUCCGGAAAACCUAUCCGGGAUGUUUGGUUUCACAGUUGAGUCGAUCAAGUCCCCUGAGGUGUUGCCGAAACGCGCAGCUGCCAAGUUGUGGAAAGAUAUCUUUGAGCUCGCGGGCAACCCACAUAGCGAAUACCAUGCUACGACCCAGGAGAUUGUGGCUCACUUCGGGCCUUCAGUCUGCUUUGCACUAAUUGCGAAUAUCUGCGGAGAAGUAGACUACAGCAGCUUAGAGCAUGUUGUCGCGCCCCUUCGUGCUUUUAUGAGGGCCGACAAGAAUGCAAGAGCAUACAUCACGAACUCGUUGGCUGAGCAGCCACUGCUCCAACGCUUGCAACAAGACCAGGGCGUUCAAGACAUGGUGCGAAAGCUCAUUGAGAGCAUGUCUAGGAAUGCAAGGAACAGUGUGGCUUUCAAGGACACGGUAAAGGCAUUCUGGUCGAGUUGCAAACAGCUGCAGAUGCAGCUCCAACCACAGGUGAUGAACCCAGCGCAUCGAUUUGCCCAAGGUUUCCCUUAA